GUCGACUAUGAGAUCAGCUAUUACGGUCAGAAGCUUCUUCUUAUCUGGAGGAGCAUCUCCGCUUGCUACCGUGUUCCGUCCGAUCGCUGCGGCUCAUUUCACUUCAUCUCUCGUCCGGCCAGCUGUACGUAUGAAUUCAACAACACCUCCGCCAAUGUCGAAGCAGCAGGUACCCCUCACCCCUCAACCUCCUUCAUCCUCAAAUGGGCCCCAACCUCCUCCAACAGAAGACGUAGCCCGUUCGAAACUGCCAAAGGGUCUCCGGAAAUACGCGGACCGCUUCAAACAUCAGCCGAUCUCCCAUAUCGCUUCAUUUAUCAUUCUUCACGAGCUCACGGCAAUUGUCCCGCUUCCAUUUGUUUUCUUCGCAAUACAUUCAUUGGACCUUACCAUUCCAACUGGGCUACCGCUCGAUUACAUUGACCUCGCAGCCCAGAAAGUCGGCAAUAUGACGAGGACCUGGGGUUGGGAGGGUUUUUGGGGCGACAAAGGCGUACAUGUGGUGUACGAAGCUGCAGCGGCGUAUGCCAUCGUCAAGGCCAUGUUGCCGUUGAGGGUUGCUCUGAGUUUGUGGAUGACCCCAUUCUUUGCUAGGAGGGUUGUCGUGCCAGUGACGAGAUUUCCUCUGAAACUGUUCCGAAGAAACAAGAAACCCGUGGAAGGUCAGAAACCAUGAAUGAUGGCUCAAAUUGAAGUGUAGAUAUCUGAAUAAAUGAAUGGUAUCAGACCACAUGUAAGACACGCAAAGUCCCGUCUGUAUUCCACCUGGCCAUCACACCAGUCCUACACCAUCCGUCUUCCUUGCCCCCACUUUGCACACCCGGUCCUCGAACGUACAA